CUCUGCCUACCUUGCCACCCACCCGUCCCUCACCCUGGACCCCAACGUCACCGGCGUCUUCCAAGGGCCGUAUCCUUUCGGGAUCGACCCAAUCUGGAGCUUGGCCACCAACCACCUCAACUUCCUCAACUCCUUCAAGAUGAAGAUGUCCGUGGUGCUGGGCAUCGUGCACAUGGGCUUCGGCGUCCUGCUGGGGGUCUUCAACCACUGGGUCAAGUUCAGUGCCGCCGACUCCAUGGUGGCCCCCAGCAUCCUCAUCCACUUCAUCGACAUGUUCCUCUUCACCUCCAACGCCGACAACCUCCCGCUCUACCGGGGGCAGGUGCCGGUGCAGACCGCGCUGGUGGUGCUGGCGCUGGCAUCUUGUAUGAUUGUCUCCGAGCAGGUCCCACUGGAGACAGGGCUUUCCACCUGGGAGAUACCUGCCUGUUGCAGAAGAAACCUCCAGCAGGGAGUUCACACAGAAAGCACGCGUCCAGCUAAUGGCAGAAAGCAAUUGCUCCCAGGCGAUUUGAAUGAAUUCAGCUUAACGGGGUUCACAGAGGGCCCAGUGACUCAGGUCACCCUCUUUCUGGUGUUUUUGCUCACCUACCUUGUCACCAUCCUGGGGAACCUUGGCAUGAUUGCGUUAAUCAGGGCCAGCCCUCAGCUUCACUCCCCCAUGUAUUAUUUCUUGGGUAACCUGGCUUUUGCAGACCUCUGUUCUUCCACCAUCAUCACCCCCGAGAUGCCGGUUGACUUUACGUCAGAGAAGAAGGGCACUGCUUAUGCUGGGUGCGUGGCUCAGGUGGUCAUUUCUGAUCUUUUUGGGACGACCAAAUGCUUCCUGCUGGCUAUGAUAGCGUAUGACCAUUACAUGGCCGUCUGCCGUCCCCUGGUGUAUCUGCUUGUCCCGUCCCCAAAAUGCUGUUUCCAGCUGGUGACUGGGUCAUAUCUCAUGGGGUUGACAAAUGACAUGGGACAGACUACUGGCACAACCAAUUUAUCCUUCUGCAGCUCCAGCGUCAUCGACCUGUUCUUCUGUGACUCCUCUGAUAUCACUCUCAAGCUCCAACACCACCCUCAGACGCAUAUAAGAACGUCAGCAUCUUGGUUCGGUGUGGCCAGCAGCCUGGUUGGCCUGGUCUCCCAUGUGGCCAUCAUCUCCGCCAUCCUGAGCAACAGUUCAGCCGAGGGCAAGCACAAAGUCUUCUCCGCCUGUGCCUCCCAUCUCACCGUUGUGAGGAUCUUCUACGGGACAUCGCUUUUUACGCACUUAAAGCCCAGCUCAGAGAGCUCGAGAGAAGAAGAUAAACGGGCUGCAGUGCUCUACACUGUGGUGACUCCCAUGCUGAACCCCUUGAUCUACAGCCUGAGGAAUACGGAGGUGAAGGAGGCUUUGAGGAGACUCACAAAUAUCAAAUGA